AUGGGAAUCAGCGACAAUGAUGUUCAAAAACAACUCCGUCACAUGAUGGCGUUCAUCGAACAAGAAGCCAAUGAGAAAGCCGAAGAAAUCGACGCCAAAGCUGAAGAAGAAUUCAACAUCGAAAAAGGACGUCUCGUUCAACAACAACGUCAAAAAAUCAUGGAAUUCUUCGAGAAGAAGGAGAAACAAGUCGAACUUCAACGAAAAAUUCAAGCUUCCAACUCUUUGAACGCCGGAAGACUUCGUUGCUUGAAGGUUGGUGGAAAAUUUUGAUUUUUUUGGAGGUUUUAUCGAAAUUUGAUGAUUUUAGGCUCGUGAAGAUCACUCACACGCUGUUCUCGAGGAGGCUCGUAACAACUUGUCCAGAAUUUCUGGAGAUGCUGCUAGAUAUCCAGCUAUUUUGAAGGGACUUAUCAUGCAAGUGAGUUUUUUUUUCGAAAAAUAUCUAUUUUUGGUAUCAAAAUGAUCAGAAAAACAUGAAUUAUCUUUGCAGGGUCUUCUCCAACUUUUGGAAAAAGAAGUCACCUUCAGAUGUCGUGAAAAAGAUCUCAAAUUGGUCGAACAAUUGUUGCCAGAAUGUUUAGACGCUUUGCAAAAGGAAUGGGGAGAUCGUACCGCUGUCAAAAUCGAUAAGAACAAUUAUUUGCCAGCUGAAUCGGCCGGAGGUGUUGAAUUGAUUGCUAGAGGCGGAAAAAUUCGAGUUUCGUCGACUUUGGAAAGCCGAUUGGAACUUAUUGCUAGUCAGGUGAGUAUUUUCGGGAAAAUCCGGGGUUUUGAGCUAAAAUUUUUGGAUUUUUCAACAAGCCCCGCCCCCAAAACCAUGCCGCAACCAUUUGUUUUGCAGAUUGUCCCACAAGUUCGUACCGCCCUCUUCGGACCAAAUCAAAACCGUGCUUUCUUCGAUUAG